AUGAGGUCAAACAGUAUUAAUGUGAUAAUGAUUGGAAUCGCUGCAUGCGAUUUGUUCAAUAUGAGUUUUGUAGUUUAUGAGAAUUUAUUGGAGUUGACACAUCCAGAUAUUGAAUGCUGGGCUCCAUCUACUUACCUUUCGCAAAUGAUAGAGUUGUGGGCUUCCGCUAUCAAGGACGACCUUCGAAGACUAACAGCCUGGCUUGGCGUCUUGAUGGCUGUUAUCCGUCUGCUUAUUGUCAAAAAUUCUUUGAAUCCAAAAUUCAAAUGUCUUUCCUAUCCCAAGUUUAGUCUGAUUGUCAUGCUUGUAGCUUUUAUUAUGAGUACAUUCUGGUCACUGUUUUACUGGGCAAGACUGACAGUGAUAGAGAUCCAACCAUGGAAACCUGCGGAGCAUUGUGUUGGCUUUCCUGCGAAUUUCACUGAAACUCAAUACACUGUCGCCGUUAAUAAUGUAUUUAUGAAUGAUGCCUUGUUGAUGAUUCAGGUGUUCUUGAUUACAGAUGGAAUAUUAAAAAUUAUCCCGACGAUUAUGUUUCCAAUUCUGACGUUUUUACUAGUCAGAGAACUCAAUCACGUCGAGGUUUCAAGACGGAAAAUAUCGGUCGCCCAGGGCAGAGAUGAAAGUUCUAGAAACGACCAUACUACCAAUUUGGUUAUACUUAUGACGGUGACGUUUAUGACAGCUGAAGGACCUCUGGGAGUAGUUUAUGUAGUACAGGCUCUUGUGACAAAUUCAAAUGGAUUUAUGCAAAUGACAUCCGACCUUAUGAAUAUUUUCGGUCUAUUCGUAGCGCUGAACGCUACCACUCAUUGCUUAAUUUGUCUGGCAGUUUCUUCACAGUACAGGAAAACAGUGAAGGAUUUGUUCACAUGUAAUUCGUGUACAGGACGAAAACCAUCUACUAUUACCGUAACCGCGAAGGCUAGUGUAUCCAGCAUGUCACCUGUCAAACAAGUUUGA